GGCCCGACGGCGCGUGCGCACUGGGCGGCCGGCGGGGUGGCUGGGGAGCGGGGCGGGGGCAAGAGUGGCCUCUUCGCCUCAUUGUGCCCUAGCGCCGCCCGGACACCUCGCAGGCCGCCGGCACCAUGAAGAUCUGGACUUCGGAGCACGUCUUUGACCACCCAUGGGAAACUGUCACAACAGCUGCAAUGCAGAAGUACCCAAACCCUAUGAACCCGAACGUGGUUGGAGUUGAUGUAUUGGACAGACAUAUAGAUCCCUCUGGAAAGCUGCACAGCCACAGACUUCUCAGCACAGAGUGGGGACUGCCUUCCAUCGUGAAGUCUCUUAUUGGCGCAGCAAGAACCAAAACGUACGUGCAGGAGCAUUCUGUGGUGGAUCCUGUAGAGAAAACAAUGGAACUGAAAUCUACUAAUAUUUCGUUUACAAAUAUGGUUUCAGUAGAUGAGAGACUUAUAUACAAACCACAUCCUCAAGACCCAGAAAAAACUGUUUUGACGCAAGAAGCCAUAAUCACCGUGAAAGGGGUCAGUCUCGGGAGUUACCUUGAAGGACUGAUGGCAAGUACAAUAUCUUCAAAUGCGAAUAAAGGCCGAGAAGCAAUGGAAUGGGUAAUACAUAAACUAAAUGCUGAAAUUGAAGAAUUGACAGCUUCAGCGAGAGGGAGCAUAAGGACACCAAUGGCUGCGGCAGCACUUGUGGAGAAAUGAUCAUGAAGGUUGAUGCACAGCGCCCGGCUCCCCAGGUCCCUGGAAGCUGGCAGUGUAUUUAUUUGUUAUUUAAAAAAUACAACCAUAUUUUAGGUAGAUUUUUUUUUAAUAAGCCGAAGAAAGGCUAUGUGACUUGAUCAAAACAAAGAGGUGCAGGGUUUCUAAAUAAAACGGAUCAUCUGAAAUUAGUUUUGUUUGAAAUGACUGUCUCUAAUUUUGAGGAUUCCAGGGUUUAUGUGAAAAUUUAACAAUUUUUGAAAAGUACUUGAAAAUUGGUAUUGGCUUAUUAAAUCUCCUUCAGGUAGACUCUUUAAGCUUUUCACAUUUUGGAAGUCUACCUGGCUUUGGACCAACCCCAGAACAAAGCAGAGCCACCUCUUACAUACACACAAUUGCUCUGAUGCAGUAAACCUCAAGAACUUUCAUGAGGGAACUCACUUAAAAGGAGAAAUUGUUUAAUUUUCAGAAGACAUAUAAGUAAUUUGCUCUGCUAUAAACUACCAUUAAAAAUUAAGUGUUUUAAUUUGGUACUCAACAUUCUUGGAGUAAAAAUUAUCGCAAAAGUAGAAAUGACUCCAACAAAAAUAUCACUUGAUUGUGUUAAAGAGUACUGUAUUGACUUGCCAAAGUCUUGUAACUUAGUAAAGGUAUUACCUUCCUUGGCUUUGUACUUUGUGACUUAGUAUGCUGUGUCGUGGGCUGGUUGUUAACUAAAAAAAUAAAGUCAUUAUUGGAAUUUUGCAGCACUCUAAACAGAAGAACAGCUGUUCACAUCUUUUAGCAUUUCACAUUUGCCUAACUUAUAAAUUGCCAUGUGUCAAAAUCAUGGUUCUGUAAUUGCUAAAGCAUGAUAUGUCAGGUUAUUUGAACAUAAUUACUUUUGAAGUAACUGUGACCAUGAAACAGCUUUUUUUACGUGAAGAGCUGUACAUCAUUUGAAACUACUCAAAUGAUAUCUUGAUCUGAAGCAUAAAUCCCAGGUACUUAAUGUUUUUAAUAAUACUGUGUCGUUGCCGGGGGUGGGACGGUGGAGAAGAAAAAAUAAUAGGGAGAAAAAAGCAUUGACCUAAGCUAACUGCAGCUUUUAUUUAUGGGAAAUCCUUGCUUUAGAUGCCAGAGGGCAGCUGCAAUCUGAAAAACAACCCAGUAAAUGUAUUUUGUUUUGUAUUUUGUAGCAGGCAAUAAAUUAUCAACCACUAAAUAAGAAUAUCUUUGAUACUUGGAAUUGUUGCAGAGUAUUUUUGUUAGAAGGUGGUCAGCCCUUGCCUUUAUUUUACAAUGCUUAAUGUGAUAAACUUCUAGUGUCCGGAUUCCUGUAGAAGAAACCAGUUAAAAUAUGUAUAUAAACCACAAAAAUAGUAUUCCAAACUAUUUUUACAUUACUGGUUUUCUACUUAAAAUAUUGUUUAGCUUACAACUUCUUAAGACAUUUAUAAAAGCAGAUUAAAGCCAGUAAGGUUUAUGAUUAUUUUUUUGUAACCAGAGAUGGUUUUUACAAUUAAAAUAAAAUUUCAGCUAAGCAAAACAUUGCUAAAUACUGAUAUUUGAUAAGUUGCCUUGUAUAAUUUCUGAAAAUUAUACUUGUUCUGAAAGGGGGUAACACCCUAACGAUAAAAGGAUUUCUAAACAAAAUUUUAUCCUGUUUAUUUUUUUUUUACUCUGAUCCAAUGAUAAAAUUCUAUAAAUUUUUAUUUUCCAGCAGUUUCUUCUUUUAGUUAAGUAGCUGGUAGUUUGUGGCUUAUACCUGUUUAAGUACAAGUAACAUAGAAAGCAUUUGCGAUGACUGACCUGGAACAAAGUGCUCAUGGAUUAGAAUUAGACUCGGACUAUGGAACAUAUUUUCCUAUUUUAUUAAAGAUGGAUCUUAUAUGAAUUAAGAAAAAAUUUUAUUGUUAAUAAAAACUUCCUUUUAACUA